AUGGAAGGAGAUGAGAGCUCUAACAACUUACGGGGCCUAUACCAGGACCUGUCGGCUCUGUCCAGGUUCGCUCUCCCCAAUGCGGAGAGGCUCGUGGCCGAGUUGGAAGCAACACUUGAAGGCUUCCGCAGGCUUCUAGACAAGCCGGCCAAAAACGACAGCAGCAGAAAGACCGUGCUUUCAGGCAAAAUUAAGCUUGACGACAUCGAAUAUGAGGUCAACGUGGAGUUCCAGCAAGAGGUCCUGCAGGUAGCAGAUGCAUUGGACGUCGAUGAAAUUGAGGCCGCGCGAUAUUAUAUUCGCGCGCAAUCCGAUUCCAAGAAGCUAGAUCGAUCCCCGAUCAUUAGCUCUAUAAUCCGUUUCCACGAACAGAGAGAGUUCGUCCUAGAAUGCCUGAGGCUGAUCCUCCGCGAAUCUUUCGAGGUCGAACGGGAGGAAACCCAGCUCUUAAUGAAAGAAUAUGUGGCAUCGGUACUUGAAAUUCAGAACGGCCCUUUGAGAAACGGCUCGCUUUUUGCUAGGAAAUGCAUGGAUGCCAUGACAGAUAUCGAAAAGUGGCUGGUUCUUUUGGGGGAACAGAUACAAAAGGCAUCUAUCGUUGGGCAGUCGCAAGAAGCUGAUAUUCUUGAGGUCAUUGAAUAUCAACGCCAGAGCCUUGGGAAACAGCAUGAAUCACUAGGAGCUAUCGUGUCCUAUCUCUUCAAAGGCACCUACACCAGCUCGGAGGAUUUCCGUAAACUCAUGGAGAAAACGAAGAAGGUCGACAAAUUUGACAUGCUGCUAGUCCAUUAUGUUCCUUCAAUAAUAAUUGCAGCCUCACAAUAUGGCUCAUCGGAAGGCCAGGGGAUCGAUGAUGCGAGAUCUUUACACAAAGUCAUCGCCGAGUCAAAAGACUCCCAGGGCUGGGUACUCCCCCAAUUCCACGCCGCAACCAUAGUUUUUUGGCUAGCGGAGUAUAGUGGCUGGUACUUUGACAGUACUGCAGCUAGUUCUCUUCAAGGAAUAAAUUCUGCCGAUGAGUCUGCCAAAUUGUCGAAAACACUUCUCUCAGCCCUUGAAGACGGCGGCUUUCAUUUUAUUCUGAGCAUUUGCGCUGGUAUUGGUUUGGAUGAGUGGAAAAAUGCAGAAAGAAACGAGCUAGUUACGCUAUUACUGAAGGAUGCGGCCCGACUAACACUCGAACCCGACGCGCCCUCGCCAUAUUUUCAUGCCUUACUCAUGGAGAAUAUCGAGGCUUUUGCUGAGUCUCUGAUCGCAAACAUGCCCGAUGCUAUCCGAAUGCUGAAAUCAGAAGAAGAUACCCAGCGGUUAGAUCAGAUUACGGCUCUCAGGGACUCGGUUUCUCCUAAUCUACAUCGGGGGCCUGUGGAGGUUCGCAUGCAUUUAGAAUGUUUACUAACGAUAAUUGCUUUCUCCUUUGACGGCAGGAAUGAUGCUGCCCAAGAAUUUUGGCUAGAUCCUGACGGUAAUUUAUACGGAUUCCUUCAGUGGGUUUCGAAACGCCAAACUGUGCCUCGGGCCAGUGCUUUUUGCGAGAUGUUAUGUUCUAUCUCAGGUGGAGAAGAGAACUCCGCUGCUGCACACAAAUUCCUCAUCGACGAAGAUUCUCUAUCUUCUGCAAAGUUUCGAAGGUCUGCUUCCAUGAACUGGACGCAAAUGUUCGCCGAAAUUCAACUCUAUGCUGUGAGAAUUACAGAGCGGCCGUCUACGACACAGUCCUCUACGCUACGUCUACGUAAAUUGGAAGUCCCGGAUAUUGAGGAGCCCGAGAAUCCAAUUAUGCUUACUAGUUACCUACGUCUCAUCAGCCACCUAUCCCGGGAGAACGGUAAAAUUCGUGAUUGGAUUUUGCAACAUCCAACGACUAAUUUAAUCUCGGUACUUCUCACACUUUGUGGUGCAUCCAUUCCCCAGCAUCUUCGUGCAGCUAUCUUUGUGACUUUACGAUGCCUGAUGAUAGACCGGACGUCAGCCCAUUCAAAUGAAAUGUGGACUUCUCUCGAUAAUUGUAUCUCUGGCUCGGGCUCGCUUCCACUGGCACUCUCUCGGUUACCUCCUUUGUCUAGUCCACAAGUACGGAACGAACGGCAUGCUUUUCAGCGCAUCACAGAGAGUUUUGACCAGAUGAAUGCAUUUGUUGAAAUGCUCAAUCAAUUGGUUGCACCUGUAUCGGAUUCACUAGAUUCACAAUUGACUCUGCCGUUCCCGGAGUCAUUGGGUUCCACAUACCGAAUGCCCGGUAUUGAGCCGUAUAUCGACUACGUAAUGGGCCAGGCUUUUGCAAACAGGAGUGUCAUGUCUGAAGAUAAGGAGUCACACCUACUGCAAUGGAACUGUAUGAAUUUUGCUGCCACCGCUCUGGAAUCAUUCAACGAAAAUCUUGUUAGCAUUGUCAGCCAGCCCUCAAUAUCCGCACAGCCAAACUGGAAGGUAACAUUCUCAACAUACCUUCGCUUACACCCAUUCUCACGUGUCAUGGAAUGGCUUUUCAAUGAAGAUGUACUCAGAGUCCUAUUUUCUUGCUCACACAAAGAUGCAGACGUGGUUUCCAAAGCUUCGUCAGACUCUAUACUGAUUUCCGGUUUGGUUCGGAGUAUUGAUAUCAUGAACCUCAUUCUUGAUCACCAGCCCACAUAUUUCAAUAUAGUUCGGCCAAUGAUCAAGAGCUCUGGACAAGACUCCUCCUUUAAUAUCGCCAAUUCUACUCUUGCCUCCUUUGAAGACUGUGUUAUUGACAACUUAGGGUUGAUUUCUGACCUGUGCCUUUAUUGCGGAACAGGGCAUCCUCAGCUGACCCUAACUUCACUGACUCUUUUGGAAAAGCUGUCAGCUUCACGAAAGCUAAAUAAGUCUUCCAAUGUAUCAUCUCGAUGGCAAUCUACAAACCAGAUGGUUGAACAGCUGAACUCCAACGUUGAAGCAGACCGAGUUGCCCGGUCGCUAGCCUCCCAAAUAGAUGUAGAUAUUCGGGAACUAGAGAGCGGUCCAGACUCUUCUGGCUACCUCAUUAAGAAGGGGCUACUUCAGCUACUGGAUAAGUGCCUCAAGAUGUCUCCCGAAAAGCCAACAAUCGCUCAUCUGCUGCUCGGUUUCUCCUGCCUUGGGAAUACCCUUGACAUCCCGCCAGAUGGCUUAUUUGACAACGGAAUCUCCCUUUUACAUUCUAUACUUGAGUUCGUGAAAGCCUACCCACUUGGACUAGAUGGAGCAGUUGUAUCCUGGAUGAUACAUCUUAGACGUUUGGGAUUCCAAGUUCUACUGAACUUAUGGGCCUCGCCUCUUUCAUCUAAUCUUAUCUUACCUCAUCUUCGAGCGGGUCAGCUUUUACCAGUACUCUUCAUGUCGCAGCCCGUUGUUACCGCAGAGACGUUGUGGGACGACUUCCGAACAAAUGAGCCUGAUUUCUGGCUGUCAUCAUCUCCUAGCUCACUCUCGGAGCUCCUCAUGCUCCGCACACUGCUUUAUGAAUACGCAACCACAGAAGUGCGGGCUGUAUAUAAGCAGGGCUCUCCAUCUCUCCAGCGGGAUACGUUACGAACAAUACUGGGCACAACGUCAGUCGAGGGCAAUCAAAGCAUCGAACACCCGUCCUUAUUCGACCUGUUUGACUUUGCAGAUAUUGAUAUUGACUUUUCUUAUUCAUGGCCUGAACUGCAGUUCUUUGGUAACAUUGAUGCUGAAAACUGUGUGAAAACGGAGGAAAAUGGGGUGGUUGUGCUGUACGACAUCGAAGCACUCCAAGAACUCCUUCAACUUGUGAAAGAAGAUCUUGUUGCCGAUGGCGUAGUGACCUCACAAAACGAGGAGCAGAUCAUGGCCGAAAAGGAGAAGCUUUUACUGUUUUUACGUGCCACUAACGAGUUCCGUUAUGUUCGAUUCAAUCGGUUCAUCGCAUUAAAAGCAUGGACAGAGCUGAUAACCAUCAUUGCUGUCACUUGCAAGAUGGACCCUACUUACAUGGCUUCCUUUAUUCAGCAAACAUUGCAACUCAUUCUACCAAAGUUCGAGUCGUCUAUAGUCGGAAAUCCCGCGGAGGCGGUUGAACUGGCCCAUCUUGGAGAGACUCUCAUCGACAGGCUUGAUGACAUUCCCACCAAUACUAAUGGUGAUGUAAUCGAUGAGCGAUUGGACUACUUAUUCCAAGUCUGCAUAAGCGGCAUCCCACAGACGUCCGACAAUAUCACUCUGAGAGAAUCACUUUAUCAAAUAUCCUCAAAACAUCUUGCCCGAAUUACAGCAUCCGACUCAAGGGGUGACAGAUUUAAGGAGCACGCGCAUAGCACUGUCAAAGUUGCAGGGCCCGCACUUAUGGAAACUAUCUGUGAUGAUGCCUACGGCGGCAGCGAGAGUUGCAGAGUCUCUGCGUUAGUCCUACUGAAUCUUUUAGGAACCCUUGACCAACAGAGGAACUCCUCACUCCUAGUCAACUUGAUUACCCACUCCAACUACCUCGGAAUGUUCCUAGAUGUCCUGAGAGUAAUGCCUACAGAGUUCCGAAACGCCAAAGCUGCAGAUACCGCACAGCUAUUGCUAUUCUAUGAGUCGCAAUUAUCCCUUCUCCAACAACUCUCACAGACGAAGGCUGGUGCAUCACAGCUCUUAGAUGCUGGCCUAUUCCAGGCAGUCAAGGAAUCCCAGCUAUUUUCUGCUGACCCGGACAUAGGCAUAGAUAUCGACAACUCUGAUGCACUUCAGCGAUACUAUGAACUGCUUUUAUCGGUUCUCCAAGUGAUUGUUUCCACUAUCUUCGCUCGAGGGCUGCACAACCAGGCCAUCUGUGACCAGACGCGAACAUUCCUCUCCGAAAACAGACAGAGCAUGGUUGGCAUAUUCAAGCGAUGCGCAAAGGCAGGAAGUUCGGAUGACCCCAGCAUGAAAAAGUGCCUGGACAAUCUGGCCAAAUCGUACACUGCCUUGAUUGCCUCCGUCGACUUUCUAGAUUACGAAGACAGCCAGUCCACCAUCACGUCAAAACCAAAAUUCUUCUCCUAA